AUGAUAUCAACUUCAGGAUUAACUACGGGGACUCCAAUUGAUGUGUCUGUCCUGAAUACUGAUCAGAGAGGACGUGACUAUGACGAAAUGUCGAUAGCUUAUAGGCCUUCGCAUGCAGAUCUCACAUAUGACAUGAAGUACGGUAUCAGAUCAGUGCAGGGUGGUGGUAGGUCUUCAGCUAGAGAAACAAUAGGAAGAGUUGCUGCAGGAGCAGUUGCCAAGAAAAUCCUUAAGGACUUCUCAGGAACUGAGGUAUUUGCUUAUGUUUCACAAGUUCACAAGGUUGUACUCCCAGAGGACUCAGUUAAUCAUUACACUCUGACACUUGAUCAGAUAGAGAGUAAUAUAGUUAGGUGUCCAGAUCCUGAAUAUGCAGAGAAGAUGAUUGCUGCCAUUGAUGCUGUUAGAGUGAGAGGAGAAUCAAUUGGUGGUGUUGUCACAUGCAUAGUUAGAAAUUGCCCACGGGGUCUUGGUUCGCCUGUGUUUGACAAACUUGAAGCUGAGCUGGCUAAAGCUUGCAUGUCAUUACCUGCAACAAAAGGAUUUGAAUUUGGAAGCGGGUUUGCAGGUACCUUUUUAACUGGGAGUGAACAUAAUGAUGAGUUCUAUGUGGAAGAACAAGGACGAGUGAGGACAAGAACAAACCGCUCUGGUGGGAUACAGGGAGGAAUAUCUAAUGGGGAAAUCAUAAACAUGAGAAUAGCUUUCAAGCCAACAGCUACAAUUUCAAGGAAGCAAAAUACAGUGACUAGAGAUAAGAAGGAGACUGAACUAAUAGCCCGUGGUCGCCAUGAUCCUUGUGUUGUCCCGCGAGCGGUUCCAAUGGUUGAGGCGGGAGUAGCGCUAGUGCUCAUGGAUCAGUUAAUGGCUCAAUAUGCCCAGUGUCAUCUCUUUCCUCACAAUCCAGAUGUACAAGAACCUCUCUCUUAAGUGAGUUCCCUUCCAACAAUGUCUCUGUCAUAGUUUCGUUUUCCAUCUCUUGGAUU